UAGAAAUACUCUUCCUUUGCAUUUGGUGUGGUCCUACACAGGGGCGGACUGACCAUUUGGAAACUCGGGCACUGCCCGAGGGCCCGGGGUCAGUAGGGGGCCCAUGAGAUGCCCCUGGUACCUUUUUCAUAGGCUUUUUUGAGUUUGGGCAAGGACACAGGGGCCCCAUGAUCCCCUAUUGCCCGGGGCCCCAUGAGUUGUCAGUCCGCCCCUGUCCGCCCCUGGUUAGUGCUGCCCCUCAGUGCCCAUCAGUGCCACCUAUCAGUGCCCAUCAGUGCCGCCUAUCAGUGCCC